CAUUCCCCCUAAACCGCAAUAUCGACCCAAAGACGUCACAAAAACAUCUCAAUCUGCCCUAUUACACAAAUCUCCACAAUUUCCGCGAAAUCAUGACAAAUAAUUUGCAGCAUCAUCCCAGCCUAUCUACUCGUACAUUUAUAUAAAUAUAUACGCAAGAGUCUAUCGUCAUCGAGCUUCGUAACAGGUCACUGUUCGUUAACAUGGCACAAGUUCAAAUUUCGUGCGAUUAUAUUUCGUCGACCUUCACGGAUUCUAGCGCGUAACACGCGUCAGAUAUUUAUAAAAUUACAUUUCACGCUUAGAGAGAAACAAUACGCUCGUAUCUUCCCUCGUCGGUGUUCGGUCGACAGUUUCUCCCGAUCAUCCAACGUGAGCGAUUAAACUCUCGCGAGAAAAAUCGGCCGAUAGUUUUCCUCCCGGUUUAUCGCUUCUUUUAUCUUUCUAAUAGAGAUAGUUGCUCCUUCGUUUCGACACAUUGCGCUACAUGUCAUAUCGAUAUUUAUCGGAAGGUCAAAUUUAUCUAGGAUGAUCCGACGAAUCGACCGCAGUUGUCAGUUGAUCGGUGAAGCUCGUGCAGUCUCGUGUCGUUGCGGUCUCGGAAGGUUGCAGUCGAAAAACGCGUUCAACUAUGCAGAUUGUCCGGCCUGCGUCUUCGGUCGGAGAGAACGAAUCGAUCAGCGAAGGGAAUUUUCCGGCUAUCAACUAGUAAAGUGUCUAAACACGUGACGUUCGAGCAUACCGAGGGUGAUAAAACUCUAAAUAAUCAUCCCAAAACAUAUUUCGAUUGAAACAAAUAUUUGAUAGAAGUACAAGAUUGACUAUUUACCAUUGUGGUGAUAGAGUGACAAUUUCGAAAAAGCAUCAGCAGAACAAUGAAGCUGUGUUCGAUCGUCCUCUUUUGUGCGAUUCUGUCCAUCUGUCAUGGAUACAGAAUACUGUGCCUGUUCCCGUUCAACGGGAAGAGUCAUUUCAUAAUGUUCGAGCAGCUAAUGAAAGCGUUGGCCAGAAAGGGGCACCAGGUGGACGCGGUGAGUCCGUUCCCGUUGAAGAAGCCGUACCCGAAUUACAGGGACGCGUUGACGGUGCCUGUCUCGCGGCAGUUCAUGAACAACAUGACCUUCGCCGAGGUGAACGAGAUGAUCAAUUCAUCGCCGGCGUACGCCGUCGGGUCUAUACUGAGCGACGAAGUGUGUCGGUAUCUAGGUAACGAACAGAUGCAACAGUUCCUGAAGAAUGCGCGCAAAAAUCCGACCUACGACGUGGUCAUUAUGGAGAUAUUUGGUGCACACUGUUUCGCGGCCGUGGGUCACGUGCUAAAUGUCCCAAUAAUAGGAGUCAGUUCCUCAGCGCUGUAUCCAUGGGCCUACGAAUACAUCGCGAAUCCCGAAAACCUCGCGUUCGCGCCGAACAUUUUGCUCAGCUACAUGGAGAACAUGAACUUCUUCCAAAGAUUGUACAACUUCUUGCACCACAAGUACAACGUACACGUGUUCCGUCAAGCAUCGAGCAUACAAACCGAGAUGAUAAGAAAAUACGUGAGUCCAGAUUUACCGGAUAUCAGGGAGCUGGAGAAAAAGUUGGCGAUGAUUCUAGUGAAUUCUCACUCGUCCUGGAACGGUAUUAGACCAUCGACACCGGCACUGAUCGAAGUUGGAGGACUUCACGUGCAGGAGGAAGGAGUUGAGUUACCUCCGAGUCUGGAAAAGUGGAUGAACGAGAGCAAGGACGGAUUUAUUUACUUCUCGUUCGGUUCGAUGGUGAAAAUCGAAUCCUUCCCGGCCAAGUACCUUAAAAUAUUCUACAGUUCACUGGGAAAGAUAGCACCCGUUCGUGUUCUAAUGAAAAUAGCGAAGUCGGAGGAACUUCCUCCGGGUCUGCCGAAAAACGUUCAUACUUUAUCUUGGAUUCCGCAAGUUAAAGUUCUCAAGCACCCCAAUAUUAAGGCGUUCAUCACUCACGGUGGGUUGAUGGGCACCCAAGAAGCUAUUCACUACGGUGUCCCUAUGAUUGGUAUACCAUUGUUUGCCGAUCAAUUUAUCAACAUCGACGUCGGCACGGUGAAGAACAUCACGAUAGGAUUAAAUCUGGACACUUUAACGGAGGAGAGAAUGGAUGAGGCUCUGAACGCUGUCUUAAACGAUCCGAAAUACAGGAACGCAGCGAAGAAGCUGUCGGAAAGGUUCCUGGACAGACCAUUGAACGCCUCGGAGACAGCAGUUUAUUGGGUCGAGUACAUCGCGAAACACGGUGCCGACGCGCUAAGAUCACCCGCAGUCGACCUAGCAUGGUGGCAAAGGGAACUGCUAGACGUUUACGCCUUCCUGUUAGUCGCUCUGUUAAUUUCGUUGUACGCGUUGACGGUCGUAGUGCGAUUCGUAUUUCAGUUGGUCAACGCGAACGACAGUGCGGCGCACAAGAAAAAGGAUGAAUACAACGCAACGUAUAUCGUUAUAAACGGAAGCGUGCAUAGUAAAAACAUAUCAAAGCAAAGCGGAAACCGCUAAAAGGUCAUUAGAAAGAUUGCGUUACCGCAAUAUGUUCGAAUUAUCCGGCAGAAAGAUGGAUCUCGUUUGAAAUUGAUGUUCUCGAGCGAUGAAAUCGGGAAUCGAGAGUGCAAAUCGUUCGGAAGCGAUCAAGCGAUCAUAAGAUCGCGCCGACGUCGAUCCAUCAAUCAGCAUUCGGAGCCGUGGCGCGGAAUCUGGGACAGGAAAACGUGGCUACGAAUCCGAGAAAAAGACUUCUGAACGAAGUGAAAUCCGGACAAAUUGCUCCGAGCAAAAAUUGCUUUCGCGAACAUCGAUGUCGAGUUCCGAAACGCGACGUCGGGAAACAAAAAAGAUACGAAAUAUAAGGCGACAAAGAAUUUCCUGCUAAGCUCGAUCCUGUCAAUUUUCGAUAUCGACGGAAUUCCGAGUUGAAUUUGAUUUUGUCGGGGCGCGUUUUAUUGUCGCUACACUGUCCAUCAAAACGACGAUCGAUUUUAUUUGGUCAAAUGCAAUAUUGGCAUAGUAUGCCGAUACAGAAUUUACACAAAUUUCUAUCAUUUUAUCGAUGAUAUUUUAGCAUCGAUGCGUAUACAUAAAUUUGAAAUUGUGUUCAAAUUUUAAGUUGCAUAUAGAAUCAAACAGUGUAAAAAAAUACUAAGUC